AUGUCUUUCACGGGGGGAGUGCUGCUCUCUGUGGGUCUCCUCCACCUUCUGCCUUCUUCCCAGAGACAAAUCGCGAGCGAACUGUCUCGACAGAAGCGGCAGGCGGCGAGGCGCAGGGGCGACAAGGAGACAGGUGUCUCUCCCCGCGCCGAAUCGCGGUUCCGUGUGGGGCCGCCGCCCGUCUCGGCUGGCCAGGAGAGAAGCGCAGACGACGACGGACGAGAGCCGCAGGGAGGAGAGACGAGCUUCCCCAGAGAGAGUGGAGAGCAGAAAACACACGGAGAUCGCGACGAGGGAGACAAGCACGCACCGGAUGCGGGCGAGACGACGGGGAAGGCCUUUCCGUAUGCUUCGGUCUGCUGCCUCCUCGGCGUCUUGCUCGUCAUGGUCCUCGAGGCGCUAGCCGAGGGGGAACACUCCCAUGAGGUCCACAGUCACAGCCACACGCAUGAGCAGGUGCGAACGCAUCUUCACACAGAGAAGGCAGAACUCGAAGCCGAAGAGGAAGAUGCGGCGAGCAGGACAGGCACCUACGAGCCGCCAGCGUUGACAGCGGAGACCCCGGAGACGAAGAGGGGCAAGCCGGCUUCGCUCUGUGAAGGCGCAGACGGCGAAGCGGCGGUCAGCUGCCAUUUGCACAGUCAGGAGAGCAACAGAGAGAGAAAGGCAGAGAGCCAGCGAGAGACAAACAGCUCGGUCUGUCGUCGAGAGAAGCCUGGAGAGAAGCAUGGAGAGAAGCUUGGAGAGAAGCCUGGAGAGGGACACCCAGACCGGACCUCGGUGUCGUCGUGCUGUGCGUCCUCGUGCUCGGCCUCGUCUCACGAGUCGCUCUCUUCUUCCGCGUCUCUGUGUUCGUGUUUCAUGCCAGCAGAAGGAGACAGAGACACCGUUGAGAGUUUUCUCCACCCGCCUGCAGCCGGCCUGCCAGAGUGCGUGGUGCCGCCCCCUGCCUCUGCGCCUCCCGCGUUUCCACUCUCGCAUCCUUGCCUGUCCCAGUCUCCACCGGAGUCCGAGGCCGCGUCGCUUUGUCGCGGACCUCCCGCGACAAGUCGAGCUCUCGGAAACUUCUUCCGGCGCUCAAACAGCUGCAGAGAAAGCCGCCGCGCCGCGACCCAGACGACCCGCCAGCGCUGGCUGAACAAACCGUCGAGGCUCCGGCGUAUGUACACCGCCGGCUGCGCCGUGACGGCGGCGGCGGAGCUCAGCUGCGCCGCCUCCUCCCCCUGCUGGUGCGAGGUCGAGAAAGACGGGGAAGAGCGACUCGCGUUUCCCUGCCGUCGGGAACUGGCGGCUGAAAGCGAGGAAGUUUUUCUUCCGUCGAACCAGUAUGAGGACGAUGGAGCUGGCUUUGCUGCCACGGAGGACGCAUGCAGCUGUGGAGACAAACCGAAGAAGCGUCGGGGAGGCGACGGGGAGCGAGACGCAGGCGAGGCGCGGUGGUGCUGCGACGGGGACUUUGGUCCGGAAGACGGAAGCCGAAGCGAGGAGACAGGCGGGACGCGCUUCCGACAGGCGUCUUGCUGCUCGCAGGCCUGUGCCUUCGCUGGAACUUCUUGUUGCAGUCAGCUGUGGCGUCUGGACGGAUCGAGGUCGACCUCCUUAAGCCAGAGGCGAGUCUGCAGGAGUGCAGGAGAGUCCUUCGAUCUCGAGGAAGGAAGGAGCGGUUCACGGAGAGACGGCGAUGUGGGCGAAGGUGAGAGGAGACGCGACUGCGGCGAGGACGCCCCGCACUCGGCGUCUUGUUCAGCUAGCGCGGAAGAUGCAAAAAACAGCAGAGACAGCAGAGGAAGCGGCGACUCGUGCGCUUUCCACGGGCACUGGACACAGCACUCGCGCCAGAGUGGAGGCCCCGCCGUCGAGUACAGUCGAUCUGCGGAUCAUCUUGUGAUGACGCGCGAGUCGGGAACUUCCCGCUUCGGCUGUCUAGAUACCCACGUGCACGCGCCGUGGAGGGACGCAUGCUGCAGGAAGAAAUUGGCAAACGCGAAGGAGAGGAGUCGCGAGGAUAGUCCGCGAGGCGCAGCCUUUCUGGCCGCCGCCUCCAGCCCCUCGCUCUUUGGUUCGGACGACGGGACUGUGUGGCGAGCCAGUGAGACGCGGCGACACCGGUUCCUGAAGUCUGCUUGCGAACGCGCCACCUCCCCCCUGUCUCUGGCGACUCCUUUGCUAGCCGAUGCGACUCCUCCCGCUCUCCUGUCUUCGUCGCGUCUGCCCCACUGCGAAUGUGGGCUGCUGUCGCCGCGCUCGGACGCGCGUACGUACGCCGCAAGAGGCUUCGGGGAGAGUGCGCAACGUCACACUCAUCGCUGGAAGGCGGCAAACAACGCAAAGCGGAGCGACGGAUGCCGGCCACUGCGUUUGUCGGCCUGCGCCAAGGACGCAGACACCCUUUGCCGUCAGGGGACCGAGCGCGUCGGCGCAGCGGGGCUGACAAACGUCGGAGACUCGGACAGAACCAACCGGCGGGGCGGGCGCAUGCGCAGCAGGUGUAUAUACACCGUGCGGAACAGGUGCCGGAAGCUGUGCAACCGCAGACACCGCGUGGCCAGCAGCUGCGGGCGCUGCAGCUCCGGGAACGAGGGAACUCGGCUUCUGCCGCCCUACGGCAGCAGCAACACCAGCGCGACGCUCGCGGACGAACUGCGACACGAAGGCGAUAAAACCGGAGCGAAGGAGUUGCUCGUCUCGGGCGUCCUCAUGCUCGCUCUUUCCUUCCACUCGCUCAUGGAAGGUGUCACCUUGAGCACGGCGCCGCGCCCGCAACUCGUCGCCUUCGCUGUCCUCGUGCACAAGGGCCUCGAGAGCUUUGCUCUCGGAUCGUCUCUUAUGCAGGCGCAGACUCACUCAAAGACGUUCGUCUGGCAGAUGCUGUUGUUCGCCUUGAUGACUCCAGCCGGAGUGCUUCUCGGCAUCGCGACCACUUGGCUGACGCACGCUGGCCGCGAAUCUGCGGCUGGAACAGAAUCUUCUGUCUCGCCUUCACACUCUCUGUUGCCGGGUAGUCUCGCCUCCUUUCUUCCGCUCCUCCCGGGGUUGCUCACCGGCGUCGGCUCUGGAACCUUCCUGCACGUUUCGCUUCUCGAGUGCAUUGCGCCGCAGCUCAUGAGGUGCCGCGCGGAAGGCAAAGCCUCUCUUCUGUCGGUCAUUGCAGCCGUCUGCUUGGGUGCGACACUCAUGGUUUUCCUCGCGUAG